AUGACAGCGCGACCUUCACCCUGGCCUAAGGUCACAAACCAACUCCUUCCACAUAAUCUGUUCAACAUUGCCGAGAAGUACCCACAAAUCACCUAUGCUGAGUUUCCCCGCAAUCCCCUCAACAUAAGUGAGGGAUAUCGUGCGAUUACUUUUGUAGAGGUUGCCAACGCUGUUCAUGCUGUGGCAUGGUGGAUAGAGCAGAAUGUGGGGAAAUUGGAGGAUGUCGACAAGAUUGGUAAAGAAACGUUGAUGCUAUUCCCUUCUCCACGGUACGGUGCCCAGGCGCUGGUCAAGCUCAUUGAGAGCGUAGAUGCAAAGGUCAUGCUCAUGCCGGAAUCCAAUGUGCCGGUAGUAGAUGAGGUGCUAAAGAUAAAAGAGAUGAAAGCGUUGAAGGUACCAGCGGUGGAUUGGUUACUCUCCACAGUGACUGAGCGGUAUCCGUACACGAAGGAGUUUGAGCAGUACAAGCAUGAACCUUUUGUCUGUCUUCACACAUCUGGCACUACCGGAUUCCCUAAGCCUAUUGUCUGGACACAUGACUGGGCAAAUAGCGCGGUGCAGACCAUGUAUCUCGACCCACCACCAGGCUACGAAAUCCAAGAGCAGCCACUCUAUGGGUUGCGUAAUUGCAAGAAAAUGAGGGCUUUCUUCCAGUUUCCUCCGUUUCAUGCUAGUGGAAUGUUUGGAAUGAUAUUUCUCCCUCUACAACUUGGAGUCGUGCCCGUGUACUCGCCAUUGUUCACCACACCAGCCGAGGGCGUGCAAGGUGCGUUGGCAGCACUAGACGUACUGGCAGCGCGAGAUGCCGAAGAUGAAGACAUUGUAGUGGACACCGUAAUGAUUGGACCACCUUGUGCCGAACAUCUUGGUAAACACCCGGAAGAUGUCUUGUCACUAAGCAAGCGUGCUAGUCACAUAGGCUGGGGUGGUGGCAGUGUCAGCCGAGCAGCUACGAAUGCGGUAACAGCCACGAUGAAAGUGAUGAACAUCAUGGCCUCUACAGAACAGGGUAUGUGGCCUUGUGUCCUACCUAUUGGUGCUCCACCCAAGGACGAUUCGGCGGGGUAUGCAGCGCCGCAUCCAGCAUUCAAUCUCCGCUUCGACCCUGUCUCCAAGUCUACAGAUGACACAGUACUGUACGAAGCUGUCAUAACUCGAAAUGACGGAGUAGAGUGGAAGGGACAUAUCCAGCCUAUAUUCAAGUUCUUCACUGAGGCGAAAGAGAGGCGAACCGGUGAUCUGUACGCUCAACACCCCCAGGAUGCUAGCUUAUGGUUACAUCACGGUCGUGCUGACGACAUGCUCACUUUUAUCACCAACGAGAAUUUCUUCCCCACAGUUGCGGAAGAGAGGAUUGCCAGUCAUGCUGGCGUUGUGGAGGUAAUGAUGGUGGGAACGCGGAGACCAAAAGCUGCGCUGAUCCUGAGGCUUGAGCCUGGAGUGAAGCUGGAAGAUGUUUGGAAAGUGACUGAGGAAGUCAACCAGGACUCACCCACCUAUGCACGCGUGGAAAAGCAUAUGGUACUGGUUACGAAAGAGCCGUUUCUCAAGACGCCAAAAGGCACAGUGCAGAAGAGAGCCAUGUUGGAUUUGUAUGGGAAGGAGCUGGAUGAUCUGUAUGAGAAGGUGGGAAAUGUAGCAUUGUACGUAUGAUCAGAGGAGUAAAGCCAUUAAUGAUCGGCUUAGUACAUGUCUUGUUCUACUUUCUUUACCAGACAUGGAGAAUUGACUGUGGUAUGCCAUGA